GCUAAACGCCAUAGAAAUUGAUACGCGCGGGACUUGUUCUGCACUGGAUCGGAAUACUUGACCGAGUUUGGUAGUGCUGAUGUCGCGACUCAGCCCUGGCCCUAGCUGGACCGUCCUUCCAGAGCCUCCAAACACUUCCCCUGCACCAACACCACGAUCCGACCCUGCCAGUGAUCUCGGUGACGACGAAGAGGAUAACUUUGACGCACCCCCAGGAAAGAGGAAGGCUAUCGAGAGCCCUGUUUCUGUUCCGAGGCCUCAGAAGCUUGCGCGUUUCAAUGAUAAUAAUCAACACGAGAAACGGGCUGAGGUAUCACAGUCUGGUAAACGAACGAAUGGUACCGCUCCUAGUAGUCUAACGCAACCUCCUAAAAUCGCCAAGACAUCCCGUCCUUCAUUUUUGUCCCAGCCUGCGCGUGCACAGCCUGUGCGUCCUGAGAAAGGCAAGGAUCGUGCGUCAAGUGGACAGUCAAGCUCCUCGCUGAGUGAUCAUAUAUCAACCAUGCUCGAGAAGCAGACUGCGCGGCUCAAACGCGCAGAGAUAGCUCGCAAAACUGCUCGCAAGACCACUGGAAGUCGCAGAGUAUCUAAUUCAGAUCUUAUUCGUGCUGUACAGAAGCCCAGCAGCGGUUCUGAAGUUUCUUCCGCUGCGACUCGCGUGCGAAGAGUUUCCGUCAGAAGGUUUCCGCGCGGUCGACGACCUCCCAGUACAAGCGUCAUCGAGCUCACUGACUCUUCGGGUUCUGCAAGACGAAGAAGGGCUCGCGUUGACGAUCCCAUUAUUAUCUCGAGCUCAGAUGCAGACACUCCUCCGAGACAGCCCCGGCCUUCACAGACGCCAAUUUCCCGCAAAGCAGGCCCGAAACUUCCACCUCCUUCUAAUGCUGAAGUUAUUUGCAUAUCUGACAGUGAUGACGACAAUGUUCCCGCUCCUUCGCCAGCGACUGCUGUCCUUCACAUCCUAGAGCCCAGUCCUACGUUGCCUUCGGCGCCUUCGAUUAUCGUGGAAUCAGAAAAUGAAAUCGUGGUCGAUUUAGAACAGCAAGUUCCAGAAAAUUCGUACUAUGAACUAAUGGAACCCGAGUCCAACUUUGACGAAGAACUAGCAAGAUCAGAACUCCAGCGUCAAGCGGAAGAAUUGUUUUCGUACAUUAAUCUGGACCCCCCAGAACCAAAUUUCGCUGACCCAAUUACCAGUCUGAUUGCCUAUGAUGACUGCAACACUGCUCAGGACACACAUGUUCCAGCCCCUGACAUACUUACCCAUGCCACUCUUCCAUCCUCAGAGAAAGCAAGUGGGACUUCUUCAAGUGACGCUGUUCCGGUCGAGAUAACCUCUCAACGUAUUGUAGUCGACACUAUUUCUCAUUUAGAGUCUUCACCAAGCUCCAAAAUUCCAAUGGUUGCCUCAGAAGUUCCCUCCCAGACGCAUGCUACCGUGCCCACCAUAGCUAAACCCUCGAUCACGUGGAAUUAUACACCUCCCACCACCAACCCGUUCUUCGCUAGGGCGCUUGCUUUCAAUGCAAAGGCGCUGAAAAAACCUUUACCCUUAGUUGCACAGGUAUCCAAUGAACCGAACGCAACUACUUUUUUCGCCGCCCCAGCUGCUUCACCAGCUAUUGUUGGGUCGUCCAUAGCAAAGAUCCUGCCCGAGCCCUUGAUGGACGAGCAGGCUUCUGACGCACCCACAGCGAGAAACAACCCAGCCUCAUCACCCUCUCCUGAUCACUUGCUAUCUUGUGAUGGUGAUAGGAGUGUUUUUUCACCCAUUGUGGAUGAAGCUACGGUAGAGGCACUCCAACAGCUUCCACAAAUAGAUUCUCGCGACGAUAUCAGGGCUUCUUCCGACUCGCAGUGACCAGCCUUCCACCCGUGAAUCUACUACCGUGAAGGUCCCUAUCUCCAUAUCGGACAUACCACCACCACCAGCAACCGCCCCUCCCUCAUCCACCCCCCUCCCUGUCCCACC